AUGCGAUGGCCGCCAUGGUCUUCUAAACCACAAGUCCCCGCAGACACCAAUGACGAACAACAAUACUCACUGCUCCCAUUCGCAUCUACAAACCGCAGCAACGAAAAGUCAAACUCAACACUUGACUGGUCUGCAUUCACAGAGCCGCGAACUCUCAUCCCAACAUUAGUUCUCACCUCCGCGAUUUUGGGCGCGGCGCGCUUCCACCGUUCCUACCUCCGCCGGUUCCCCGAUGCGCCGAGCAUCCCCACGUCGUAUUUCCGCAACAGAAGCAUCUUUGGCAAAGUGACGAGCGUUGGCGAUGGGGAUAAUUUCAGGUUGUUUCAUACGCCCGGCGGGAGGCUUGCCGGUUGGGGAUGGCUGCCCUGGAAGACGGUGCCAAAGGAGAAGAAGGAGUUGAGGGAUAAUACUGUUCAUAUCCGCCUAGCAGGUGUCGAUGCCCCUGAACGCGCGCAUUUCGGCCGCGCCGAACAGCCCUAUGCCCGGGAAGCACACGAAUGGCUGACGUCGUAUUUAAUCAACCGCCGCGUGCGCGUGUAUUUGCAUCGCCCAGACCAGUACCAGCGGGCUGUAGCGUCGGUGUAUGUGCGACGGGUCUUUGACUUCCCGAUUCCAUUUCGCCGUCGAGAUGUGUCAUAUGAGAUGCUCAGACGGGGGCUGGGAACUGUGUACGAAGCUAAGUUCGGUGCUGAAUUUGGUGGCGAUGCUACGGAGAGCAAAUAUAGGAGCGCCGAAUGGUGGGCGAAGCUGAAAGGGAAUGGAAUGUGGAAGGGGUUCCGCCGCAAUAAAGAGUUCGAAAGCCCGAGAGAGUAUAAGACCCGGGUUGGGUCAGAGGAGCAACCGAAUGACAAGAAUGGGAAGAAGUAG